CAGAGGCGGCUGCGGUGCCCCCGGGGCCCGGCCCCGCACGAACAGGGCUCCCAGCCCGGCACCAUGGCGGGGGCCGCGGGGGAGCCCCCCCAGCGCAGCAGGAACGGCGGGGAGCCCCCGCAUGCCGCCGGCCGGAGCCGCUGCUGAUGGCUGGUGCCCGGAGGAUGGGGCCCUGGGCCGUCCCGUGGAUGAUGCUCUGUCUGCUCUGCCUCCCGCCCUCUGCCAGGGCCCAGACGAAGAUCCCGCUGGAGACGGUGAAGUCCUGGGCAGAUGCCUUUGGUGGGGAGCUGUACUCCAUUGUGACUAAGUAUUCGGGCUCCCCUCUGUUGCAGAAGAAGUACAAAGAUGUGGAGCCAACUCUGAAAAUCAAGGAGGUGGAUGGCUUGGAGCUGGUGAAGAAGUUCUCAGAUCAGAUGGAGAGCAUGCUCCGCAGGAAGGUCGAAGCUGUUGAGAGGUUGGUGGAAGCAGCAGAAGAUGCAGAUCUGAACCACGAGUACAACUCCUCGCUGGAGUUUGAUUACUACAACUCUCUCCUGAUUAACAAUAAGGAUGAAAAUGACAAUUACGUGGAGCUUGGGGAUGAAUUCAUUCUGGAGCCAAAUGAGCAUUUCAAUAACCUGCUGGUGAACACAACCUACAGCGAUAUCCAGCUCCCCACCAAUGUCUACAACAAAGACCCUGACAUCCUUAAUGGAGUUUACAUGUCAGAAGCCCUGAAUCCUAUUUUUGUGGACAACUUUGAAAGGGAUCCCACACUGACCUGGCAGUACUUUGGCAGCUCCACUGGAUUCUUCAGGCUCUACCCAGGAAUAAAGUGGUUACCAGAUGAGAACGGAGUCAUCUCCUUUGACUGCAGGAACCGUGGCUGGUACAUCCAAGCAGCCACCUCUCCCAAGGACAUUGUCAUCAUUGUGGAUGUCAGUGGCAGCAUGAAGGGCCUGAGGAUGACCAUUGCCAAGCACACCAUUGUCACCAUUUUGGAUACUCUGGGAGAAAACGACUUUGUCAACAUCAUUGCAUACAAUGAUUAUGUUCAUUUUAUUGAACCCUGUUUUAAGGGUAUCCUGGUCCAAGCAGACAGAGAUAACAGAGAGCACUUCAAGCAGCUGGUGGAGGAACUGCAGGCGAAAGGAGUGGGGACUGUGAGCAAGGCUUUGACAGAGUCCUUCAAAAUCCUGAGAGAGUUCAGAGAUGCUGGCCAAGGAGGUCUGUGUAACCAAGCCAUCAUGCUGAUCACCGACGGAGCCGUGGAGGAUUAUGAAGCUGUGUUUGAAAAAUACAACUGGCCCGAUCGGAAGGUCCGGGUGUUCACGUACCUCAUCGGACGGGAGGUCACUUUUGCCCCGAAUGUGAAAUGGAUCGCCUGCAACAACAAAGGCUACUACACUCAGAUCUCCACGCUGGCAGAUGUCCAGGAGAACGUCAUGGAGUACCUGCACGUGCUCAGCCGGCCCAUGGUCAUCAACCACGACCACGACAUCAUCUGGACCGAAGCCUACAUGGACAGCGCGCUCUUUGCAUCGCAGGCUCAGAGCCUGUUGCUCAUGACGACAGUGGCCAUGCCCGUCUUCAGCAAGAAGAAUGAGACGCGAUCCCAUGGCAUUCUUCUGGGUGUGGUGGGCUCCGAUGUACCACUGAGAGAGCUGUUAAAACUUGCUCCACGGUAUAAGCUGGGUGUCCAUGGAUACGCCUUCCUGAACACCAACAACGGCUACAUCCUUUCACACCCAGACCUCCGUCCCUUGUAUAAAGAAGGAAAGAAACUGAAGCCUAAGCCGAACUACAACAGUGUAGAUCUCUCAGAAGUGGAGUGGGAAGACCGGGAUGAAAUACUGAGAACUGCUAUGAUCAAUGGGGAAACAGGCUACCUCUCUAUGGAUGUGAAGGUCCCCGUGGACAAAGGGAAACGAGUUCUCUUCCUCACCAAUGAUUAUUUCUUCACGGACAUCAGUGGCACACCCUUCAGCCUGGGUGUUGUGCUGUCCAGGGGGCACGGGGAGUACAUUCUGCUGGGGAACACGUCAGUGGAAGAAGGUUUGCACGACCUGCUCCAGCCAGACUUGUCUUUAGCAAAUGAAUGGAUUUACUGCAUCACCGACAUUGAUCCUGACCACCGAAAGCUCAGCCAGCUGGAGGCUGUGAUCCGUUUCCUCACUGGAGAGGAGCCUGACCUGGAAUGUGAUGAAGAGUUGGUCCAGGAAGUGCUGUUUGAUGCAGUGGUCACUGCCCCCAUGGAGGCCUACUGGACAACACUAGCCCUCAAUAUGUCCUUGGACACUGAGGCAGGUGUUGAGAUGGCGUUUCUGGGCACUCGGGCUGGACUCAUGAGGAGUGCCCUGUAUGUGGGCUCGGAGAAAAUUUCCAACAAGAAAUUCCUGACACAGAAGAACAAGGAAAGUAUCUUCACCAUGGACCACUUCCCUCUGUGGUACCGCAGGGCGGCCGAGCAUCCCCCCGGGAGCUUCAUCUACAGCAUUGUCUCAGAAGAUGAUUCAGAGGGAGGUGGCCUGCCAAAAGUGGUGACAGUGAGCACGGCUGUGUCUGUGUCUGUGGAUGGGAAGAUGGGAAUUGCUGCAGCGGUGGGUGUGCAAAUCAAGCUGGAUUUGCUCCAACGCAAGUUUUGGAUGGCCAUGCAACAGCCCAAUGACAGUGAUUGCAGUGCCUUGGACGGUGCCUGUCCACUCAGCUGUCAGGAUGACAUUCUGAACUGCUUCCUCAUUGACAACAACGGCUUUAUACUUGUUUCCAAAAUACCUGAAGAGACUGGAAAAUUUUUUGGUGCAGUGGAUGGCUCAGUGAUGACCCAGCUGCUAAACAUGGGCAUGUUCAGGCGAGUGACCAUGUAUGAUUACCAGGCAAUGUGCAAGGUGCCCUACCACCACCACAGCGGCGCCCGGCCCCUGCUCAGCCCAAUUUAUGCCUUUCUAGCUGCAGUGAAGUGGCUGAUAAGUGAUUUCCUCAUCUUCCUUUUGGAGUUUAACAUGAGUAGCUUCUGGCACUCAGACAACUUGGCAGAUGCCAAGGCUGUCUUCCAUCACUCUCACAAGCACAAGAAGCACGACACGCUGCAGCCCUGCGACACCGAGUACCCCGUGUUCGUGUACGAGCCGGCCAUCAAGGAGACCAACGGGCUCAUCGAGUGUGGAGACUGCCAAAAGAUGUUUGUGGCACAGCAGAUCAUCAGCAGCAACCUCCUGCUCCUCGUCACGGAUGCUGUCUGCGACUGCAGUGUCUUCCCACCCGUCCCAAUGGAUGCAAAAGAGGUCAAAUAUAACGCCUCAGUGAAGUGUGAGCGGAUGCGGUCCCAGAAGCUGCGGCGGCGGCCGGACUCGUGCCACGCGUUCCACCCUGAGGAAAACGCCCAGGACUGCGGCGGCACCGCUGGGAUCUCCGUGUGUCCGACGCUGCUGCUGCUGCCCCUGGUGCUGCUGCUGCGGUGACGCUGCCCGCGGGCGGCGGGGACCCGGCAGGGCGGAGCGGUGGCACGGCAGGACAUGUGGAUACCGACCCUUCUGGGACACCUUCACCGCCCGGCCCAGCUCGCUGCCGGCUGCUGUGGCAGAAGGAGAUGCGGGAAGCAGCGGGGCCGGCUCCUGGCACAGCGGCUGCCGAGCGGCUCCCCCCGGACACCAAAGCCGCGGCCAUCGGCACGGCCAGCAUCCCACCCCCAGCCUGACCCCCACGGAGCCACUCGGGCUACAGGCGGCUCGGAGGGGCAGGGCUGGCUUUAGGAGAGCAGGAGGGCCAGCGGACACCAUCUGCCUGUCCCUCAGGGGGAGCCACCGGGAUUUUGAGCACCCGGCUCUGGAAGCAGUAUCUCCUGGUCUUGGGGGCGGUCCUCAGCCGGGACCCCCGGGGUGGGACAUGGCACCAAAGCUGAACUGCACCAGCCUAACCUGCAGCUGGACAGUGGGAAGCAGCACAGCCUCACUGGAGAGCUGCAGCCACGCCAGCUCUGCCAGGGAGACCUUGGUUCUUGUCUACGUGUGGAGUUACCUCUGGAAAGCGGUUUUGCAUGACCCACCGAAAGAGACUUACCUGCUCUCUUCAUUGCAGAAGCAGCUAAGAAACAGGCACUUUUCCCCUGGGAACAGCUCUGCCCUGCUUAUUGCAGCUGCCCAUGGUUGUUCCCUGCCCUGAGCCUGGCAUUCCCAGCUGGUGGGCACGGGCUGUUUCUCACAGAGCUUUACAGACAAUGGGUGGGCAGCACACAUUUUUCUCUCUCUUUUUUUUUUUUUUUUUUUUUUUUUUUGUAUGAACUGUUCCAUACCAUCUCAUUAAAAACAAAUGUAUGG